ACGUUUUUAUAAUUACAGUGGGACUGGUUAAUCAUAUAAUAUAACACUUUCGGUCUAAAUUAGACCUGUAAAAAUAAGAGUGGCGGCUUCAUAAAAAAAAAAUACUGAAUUCAUUUCUUUAUUAAUCAUGGAAUCGAAAGGACAAUCGUCUUGUUAUAAAAUCAACACGUUAUUCUGGAAUAUUUUCGGAAUAUGGCCGGGAAGAAAUCCCUCAAAAUAUUACAAAUAUUACUCAUUCGCUUAUAUAUUUUUUACGCUGGUGAUUUAUUUAAUUUUGUUGACUGUUAGUCUUUUUUUCACCCCAAUUGAAAUUGAAACACUUACAGGCGAAGGCAUAUAUUAUUUUACUGAAAUAGCUGUGGCUGUCAAAGUAGCAAUGAUUAUCAGGAUGCGAGAGAAAAUAAUUGAAGUAUUCGAAUUGCUAGACUGUGAGCAAUUUCAGGGUAAAGAUCAAUUUGGAGAAUAUAUUAUUGCUAAAAAUAUAUCUAAUUACAAAGUGUUUUGGAAAACCAUAGCGAUAUUAUCGCACUUAGCAUACGUGUUGCAAAUCCUUGCACCCGUUUUGAUAUAUUUAAUAUGGAAAACAAAAGUGGAUUUGCCUGUGUGUCAAUAUUUUUUUUUGAGUGAGGAAAUACGCCAAAAUUUUUUCUGGCUCUUUCGUUGUACCAAUGCUUUGGCAUAUACGGUCAUAUGACGUAUAACAUAAAUAUUGAUACAUUUAUCGCUGGUUUAAUGAUGAUGAACAUAGUUCAGUUGAAAAUUCUCAAACAUAACUUUCAUGAAAUGAAACUGGAAAUCCACAAGACAGCCAAUUCGAAAAGGAACAUUUCAAAGUUAAAUGACCUACUUCAGCAUUACGAGGGGAUUCUUAAGUACUUAAUUUAUUAUAUCGUUGUAAUCAUCAUGUAAUAUCCGUCUCCUAUAAUAUAAUAUAUAUAUAAAAGAAACUAAAAUUUUAAUUUUCAGAUACAGUUCGAUUGUUCAAGAAAUAAUAAGCGGGACUAUGUUUGUACAAUUUUGCUUGGCCACUUGCAUUAUAUGUGCGUUGGCCCUCUUAAUGGUAAGAAAUAGUUAAUUAUUUCACUAUAGUUCAAAAUAAUAGAAUUAUCAUUAAUGACGUAGGCGCUGAUAUGAUAGUUUAAGAUGUGUAUGCGCAAUUCUAAUUAGAUGCAAUCUUAUUCUUUUGUCAACGGGUUUUAUCAAAUUGAAGUCUGUUAUGUGUAUGUGAAUUGUUUUAUGUGUAUAUAUAUAUAUAUAUAUAUAUAUAUGACAGAACGAGAAGUACGGUCAUGCAACAACAAGACAACAUCUGGGGGCUUACUCUGCCUGUCUACCAACGAAAUUUUGGAAAAUUUGAAAUCGUUCUUAAUUCUUUUAAAGUUAUAUCCGUGAAGAUUAUUUGUGCAUCAGAGGCAAUGUCAGGUUUUGAUUUCGCCGCAUCAUAAAUGGAUCAUAUUAUUUUUGAAUAAUAUGAUCAUAUAUCAUGUAUACAAUAUCAUGUGCAUUAACCCAUAAAAUAUAUGUUUUUUUUUAACAAUUAGUUGUAUUUACAAUUUAAUUUAAGUUUAUUUUACAAUUUAACAGACUGAAGCUUUUAUGAAAAAAAAAAAACAUCCAAAAAGUUUGGAUAUUGGACUAAUCACUCUCAUAAAAUAUUUUGUCUGUGAAAAUUAUUAUUAUUUUGAACUAUUCCGUGCUUGCAUUCCGACGCA